CAUAUGCACGAGGCUGUCGAGCUGAAGCAGCAGCUGCAGAUAGAGCAUGAGCGAGCCUUGGUGGCCCUUCACACCAAGCAGAAGGAGAUCAAUCAACUGCAAACGGCUCGGGUGCAAUCUGACCAACAGCAUGAGGAUGCAGUUCACCUGUUAGAGGUCAAGGUUCAUGACCUGGAGCAGAAAUGCAGGUCACAGAGUGAGCACUUCCACCAGCUGUCCAAAGAGCUGCUGAAUUUCAGUUUGCAAUCAGACUCCGUGGACAUCCUGAAGAUUAAUCCCACCUCCACGUCCCAGUUCCUCGUCUCUCCAAACAGGAAACUUCCACGGGUCAUUGUUGGAUUUGAAGGCCAACGAGAGACAGGCGAUGAGAACGCGACACACACACCACGACUGAUCUCCCAGUUCUUAACCUGCACAACAGAGACUGGAGACAAAGCACGACCAGAACUGCGGGCUGUCAAAUUUAGCACCGUGACGACGGACCGUCCCCGCAGCCCUCGACAGCUGACCCCAUCAGAGAUGGAGGAUGAGGCCACCCCAUCCCCCAGGUCCAAGCCUCGCUACACAGGCCAGGUCCGCCUUUGCACUGCCCGCUACAGUUAUAACCCUUACGAUGGACCAAACGAGCAUCCCGAAGCAGAGCUCCCCCUUGUGUCUGGAAAGUAUCUCUACGUGUAUGGAAACACGGAUGAUGACGGCUUCUACCAAGGGGAGCUGCUGGAUGGCCAGCGUGGACUUGUCCCCUCCAACUUCGUGGAGUUCGUCCAGGACAAGGAAAAACUCUCUGGGGAAGGAGGGGAUAACCUGGGCCCACUGGACCAUACUGGACCCCUGGCCUUGAUGGGAGUAGAUGGAGGUGCCUCACAGGAUGGCCUCCUGGGCUCAUCCAAUGCCUUGGUUCCCUGUAGCAAUGGGACAGGGGGGCCAUUUGACCCCGAGGACCUGGCUGAAGAUGUUGUGCCUUAUCCCCGAAAGAUAACUUUGAUCAAGCAGCUGGCACGGAGCGUCAUCGUGGCCUGGGAGCCUCCACUCGUGCCUUUGGGCUGGGGGAACAUCUCUGGCUACAACGUGUUAGUAGACGGGGAACAUCGUGCCAGCGUUCAGUACGGUGGCCGGACCAAGUCUCUGCUGGAGAAGCUCGACCUGGACGGUUGCGUCCAUCGGGUGACUGUGCAGUGCGCCACCGACCGGGGCUUGUCAGACGAGCUGCGGUGCACGUUGCUGGUGGGAGCCAACGUGGUCGUGGCGCCGUGUGGUCUGCGGGUGGACGACAUCCAGCGCGACACCGCCGAGCUCUCCUGGCUUCCCAGCAACAGCAACUACGGCCACACGGUGUUCUUGGACGGGACGGAGCACGCGGCGGUAAAACCAGGGAGGUACAGACUCCGCUUCCUCCACCUGAAGCCCCUGACGGUGUACAAAGUCACCGUGCUGGCACAGCCGCACCAGGUGCCAUGGCAACUGCCGCUGGAGCAGAGGGAGAGGAAAGAAGCUGGUGUGGAGUUCUGCACUCAGGCUGCAGGUCCAACACCAUAUUGCAGAACAGGCCCUCCUCAGCCUCCCCAUGAUGUGCGGGUGCUCUGUGGGCAGGCUCCGGGGGUCCUCCAGGUCUGCUGGAAGCCUCCCAUCCUCUCUCCCACAGGCACGUCGAAUGGGGCAAAUGUCAUCGGAUACGCAGUGUGCACUAAAGGACAGAGGGUAGCUGAGGUGUUGUUCCCGAUGGCAGACUAUGUCACUGUGGAGCUGACGAGGAUUCAGUGCCUGGAGGCCAGAGAAGUCAUCGUCAAGACGCUGUCAGUACAGGGAGAAUCCCAGGACUCCCACGUCGCCGUCAUUCCAAACAACCUGCUUGUGCCUCUACCUCCGAUCCCCCUGCCCCCGCCAAUGCACCCCCACGCAGGCCCCCCUCCCCACCACCAUGUACAACCCCACCUCCAGUCCCCUCACCUCCCUCACCCCACGCCCCAGCUUCCUGCUCCACCCCAGGCACACGGACAACCACUCCCACCUCAUGCCCAGCACCCUCAACCCCAUCCAAGACUUCCUCAUCCAGGUGGACCUCCGCAACCCCAGCUCCGGCUCCCACAUCCUCAGCCGCAGCCCCUACAUCUUCAGCCGCGCCCGCCCCACCAAGGUCCCAGGCCCCAGCACCAACUGCCUCUGUUGCCCCACCACCAACCCCACCCUGUACCUCAGAGACCAGUAAGUGCCAGAGACCUGGAUGCCAAAGAGCAUGCUGCCCACCAUGGAGGAGGUGUUCCACCUGGCCAGCCUGGUUGGGACCCCCCACGCUCGCCUUCGUCCCAGCCUCCUGUGCCCAUGCAAGGCCACACCCUCGAGGCCCCUCCCCAGGGUAAUCCACGCUCCCCCUCCCCUCAGAGGAUUCUCCCGCAGCCCCGAGGCACGCUCAUCCCAGACACCGUGGCCAAAGCCAUCGCCCGGGAAGCAGCACAGAGGGUAGCAGCGGAAAGUGGCAAGGGCGACAGAAGGCCAGUUAGGUACGGAGAGCAGGGUCAAUCAUUUUACCAGCAUCACUCUGAUGAGGAAGAGGAGGACGAGGAAGGGUUUGCGCGCGGCCGUCGGAGAGGACCCUCUGUGGAUGAGUUCCUCAGGGGCUCUGAGCUGGGGAGGCCGCCUAACUAUAGUCACAAUGAAGAAUAUCACAGCGAAAGCAGCCGGGGCUCUGACCUGUCUGACAUCCUGGAAGAGGAGGAGGAGGAGCUGUACUCUGAGAUGCAGCUGGAAGAGGGACGUCGACGCAACUCGCACAACACACCCAAGAACAACACCCCGGGUGGGGGCGGUCACAACCGGGAGGCGGGGAGACGAGUUCACCAUCAGGGCGGCCCCCAACCUCAGAGACGACCUCUAAUGGUCCCUUCCAUUGAGGUAACCUCUGAGAAUAACAGUGAGGGAAACCUCUCCCCCAUCACCGAGGAUGUUUACUAUGGCAAAGUAGCUCGCCACAGGACAUGUUCAUCCCGCAGGCACAUGGGCGGCACCAGGUCUCCCCAUGAAGGAUACAGGGAUCGCCGCUCGCCCACGUACUAUGACGAGUCCGAGACUGAGGAGACGUUCCGGAUCUUUGUGGCCCUCUUUGACUACGAUCCUCUCUCCAUGUCACCGAACCCUGACGCAGCUGACGAGGAGCUGCCCUUCAAAGAGGGGCUGAUCAUUCGGGUGUAUGGCGAUAAAGACACAGACGGCUUCUACAGAGGAGAAGUGAGGGGCAGGAUGGGGCUGAUCCCCUGUAACAUGGUGUCAGAGAUACGAGCGGAGGACGAGGAGACCAUGGACCAGCUCAUCAAACAGGGUUUCCUGCCACUCAGCACCCCUGUGGACAGAAUAGAGCAGAACAGGAGAGGCCUCCGUCGAGAUCAGGCCUCGAGGAGGAUGGUGGCUCUGUAUGACUACGACCCCCGAGAGAGCUCCCCCAACGUUGAUACCGAGGCUGAGCUGACCUUCUGUGCUGGUGACAUCAUCGCUGUGUUUGCCGACAUCGAUGAAGACGGGUUCUAUCACGGUGAGAUGAACGGCCAUCGUGGUCUGGUUCCCUCUAACUUCCUGGAAGAAGUGCCUGAUGACGUGGAGGUGUAUCUGACCGAUACUCCGUCCCACUACCCCCAGGAGGAGCCUGCCAACCGGCCGCCCGCCAACUCUGCUGCCGCCGUCCCCGAGGGCAAACGGGUCACCACAGAAACCUCCGACACGGCCAACAACUCGGACGCCGCGCCCGUCCGAGCGCCGUCCCCGAUCGUCCGGCCUCUCCUGCCGGGCACCAUGAGGCCCCUCAGUCCCAUGAGGGCCCCCCACGUCCCGAUGGAUCCCCGGGACCCUCAGGACCUGGCCAACAAGAAGAAGAAAGGACUACUCUCCAAGGGGAAGAAACUUCUGAAGAGACUUUCCCCUGUGAAAUAA